AUGCUAGCUGUGGCUAUCUUACUGUACCUUCUACAGGUUGUCAGCACCCAACAGCCAACCAGGGUUCCUCCAAUUGCUCCAGCGAGAAGGAAGACCAUAAAUAUUGGAGCAUUAUUUGUGAAAGAUGACCCUACCUACGCUCCAUUUAUUGGUUAUGAAGGCAGCAUUGCAGCAUUUUACCUAGCUAUCGACAGAAUUCGACAAAACCAUUUACUUGAUGGUUACGACUUCAACGUCACUGUCCGUUACGGCAACUGCGUGGAAAAAUAUGCUGUUGGUUAUGCGAUUGAACUUUUUCGUGAUUUCAAGGUUGAUGUCAUUUUUGGACCGACUUGCAACGUUCCUGCAAUCGCUGUCGCAUCCGUUGCUGCUUUCUACAAUUUGCCACUCUAUACUUGGGGCUUUACAACAGCUAAUGAACUCGCUGAUACAGUUCGCUUUCCUACAUGCAUUGUCCUCACGCCAAAUUAUCUGACUCUGAGCUUAGCCCUCUUAUGCAUUAUGGACCAUUUCAAAUGGGAUUCGUUUGCAUUUAUUUAUUCAGCAGAUGAAGACACACAGAAAUGUCCAAUCUUCUUGGCAGAUGUCCAGAAAGCCGUGUUUCGAGAUGAUGAUUUCAACAUUGCAAACAUAGCCGAAAUGAGAAAUAUGUCCUUGUCGGAAAUUAGCGACGCACUCACUCAGACGGCCUCACAAGCAAGAAUAGUCGUUGUUUGCCUGUCAAAGCCGGAAAAUAAGAGAAAAUUCAUGCUUACCGCCAAGGAUCAGCAUAUGCUGAAUGACGAAUACGUUUACAUUUUUGCGGACCUCUUGGACUCUGGAUACAGAAUUGCAAACACGGGCAAUCAAACGCUCUAUGUCUGGGAAGACAGAUCAGUCAAACCCGAUGGAAGAGACAAAGAGGCUCGGGAAGCAUUCGAGAGAACAUUCAUGCUGAGCGAUGUGGACAACGAUUUUGACGCAAGUUCGGGACUAGCUGCCUUCAGCAAACAAGCUGCCCAAAAAACAAAACAAUUGAAUAUUCCCUGCACUCAGUGUAAAGAUGGCGAAGAUUGGGAGAUGGCCCAAUAUGCUCCACAGCUUCACGAUGCUAUGAUUGUGUAUGCAAACGUAAUAAACAGAACAUUAACGGCAAACAGAGAUAUUAGAGAUGGAGCAACAAUGUUCAACUCAACGAAAGGAAUCUAUCGAGGAGCUCUUGGUGACAUAAUCGAAGCUUGGGAUGGAUCAAGAAUUCCCAACUUCAUCUUAACGGGGAUUGGCAGCGAAGAGGAACCGAAAAGAUUGAUUCUCAUACAGCUGGAUAUGUAUGUGAAUACGACUCUUGUACCGCUUUACAAUCUUGGACAAGAAAGACAGAUAGUUUGGAACGGUAGACCUGCUCCUGCUACAGUGCCACCUUGCGGCUAUACUGGAAGUAAUAACAAAAGGAUCACUACCUAUGGAUACAGUAUUCAUUCGUUCGAUGAUGAUGGAUAUAGCAUCGAUAUCAUCCGCAAAGUCACAAAACCAUCUAUGGACCCAUUUAGACCAGCACUGGAGAUACAUGAGAGUAUUGAAAUUAUACCAUCGCUGAUUAAUUUGAUUCGCGAAUGUUGGUCGGAAUGGCCACGGCAUCGUCCUGAGAUGAAAAAAGUGAAAUCUUUACUUUCAUCGAUGCAAACAGGAAAGAAGUUGAAUCUAAUGGACCACGUAAUGAAUACUUUGGAAAAUUAUGCUAGUUCACUGGAAGCAGAGGUUGAAGAAAGAAUGAAGGAGCUUGUGGAAGAGAAGAAGAAGAGUGAUGUUCUGCUCUAUAGGAUGUUACCAAGACAAGUAGCAGAAAAGCUAAAAUCUGGAGUGCCCAUAGAUCCUGAAAGCUAUGAUAAAGUAUCGAUAUUCUUUUCUGAUGUCGUAGGAUUUACUACCAUAGCAGGCAAAGGAACUCCUAUGCAGGUUGUUGCUCUUCUGAAUGGGCUUUACACAUUCUUCGAUGAAGUCAUCAAUCGUCAUGACGUUUAUAAGGUUGAAACUAUUGGAGAUGCUUACCUUUGCUCCUCAGGCCUUCCGAACAGGAACGGCGUCGAGCAUAUAAAGGCCAUCUGUGAUCUUUCUUUAGAGCUAAUUAGUGGACUGAAGAACUUUCGUAUACCACACUUGCCGCGUGAAUCCCUCAACAUACGCGUUGGAAUAAACACUGGUCCGGUGGUAGCUGGUGUGGUCGGUCUAACAAUGCCAAGAUAUUGUCUUUUCGGGGAUACUGUAAACACCGCCAGUCGAAUGGAGAGCAACGGAAAACCUGGACGUGUUCACAUGUCUGAUGAAGCCGAAAAAUUCCUGAUGAAAACGUUUCCUGGCUAUGAGACCACAUGUCGGGGAGAGAUUAUGAUAAAGGGUAAAGGAACUAUGACAACACACUGGUUAUGCGCGCGACCGGACCUAAGAGUAAUGGAUCCUCGCGACGAUGAUGAAUUUGAUGAUAAGAAAAUAUAG